GAGGUGGAUGUGGAUGGGACCGUGGAAGAUGACUUGGGUAAAAGCAGAGAAGGGUCUCGAACAGAUGAUGAAGUUGUUCAGAGAGAGGAGGAAGCUAUCCAACUAGAUGGCCUAAAUGCAUCCCAGAUCAAAGAGAUCAGAGAAAAAUCUGAGAAGUUUGCAUUUCAAGCAGAAGUGAACAGGAUGAUGAAACUUAUUAUCAAUUCAUUAUAUAAAAAUAAAGAGAUUUUCCUGAGGGAACUUAUUUCAAAUGCUUCAGAUGCAUUAGAUAAGAUACGGUUGAUAUCCUUAACUGAUGAAAAUGCUCUUGCUGGUAAUGAGGAGCUUACAGUCAAAAUCAAGUGUGAUAAGGAGAAGAACAUGCUUCAUGUUACAGAUACGGGUAUUGGCAUGACAAAAGAAGAGUUAGUUAAAAACCUGGGUACCAUUGCAAAGUCUGGUACAAGUGAAUUCUUAAACAAGAUGACUGAAAUGCAGGAUGAUAGCCAGUCAACAUCCGAGUUAAUCGGCCAGUUUGGUGUUGGCUUUUAUUCUGCUUUCUUAGUAGCAGACAGAGUUAUUGUCACAUCAAAACACAACAACGAUACUCAACAUAUUUGGGAGUCAGAUUCAAAUGAAUUCUCUGUGAUUGAUGACCCAAGAGGAAACACUUUAGGACGUGGCACAACCAUAACGCUUGUCUUGAAGGAGGAGGCAUCUGAUUAUCUUGAGCUGGAUACUGUUAAAAAUCUAGUAAAGAAAUACUCACAAUUCAUAAACUUCCCCAUAUAUGUGUGGAGCAGCAAGACAGAGACUGUUGAAGAGCCUGUUGAAGAGGAGGAAGCAAAGGAGAAAGAAGAAACUGAUGAUGAUGAAGCUGCAGUUGAAGAGGAGGAGAAAGAAAAGAAACCAAAAACUAAGAAGGUUGAAAAGACUGUCUGGGAUUGGGAGCUCAUGAAUGACAUAAAACCAAUCUGGCAGAGACCAUCUAAAGAAGUUGAAGAAGAUGAAUACAAAGCUUUUUACAAAACCUUUUCCAAGGAACAUGAUGACCCAAUGGCUUACAUCCACUUCACUGCUGAAGGGGAAGUAACUUUCAAAUCUAUCUUGUUUGUUCCCAAUUCUGCUCCACGUGGCCUGUUUGAUGAAUAUGGAUCCAAAAAAAGUGAUUUCAUUAAGCUGUAUGUUCGAAGAGUGUUCAUCACUGAUGACUUCCAUGACAUGAUGCCCAAAUAUCUUAACUUUGUUAAGGGUGUUGUGGAUUCAGAUGAUCUUCCUUUGAACGUAUCUCGUGAAACACUUCAGCAGCAUAAAUUGUUAAAGGUGAUCAGAAAGAAACUUGUACGCAAAACUCUUGAUAUGAUCAAGAAAAUUGCAGAAGAAAAAUACAAUGACACAUUCUGGAAAGAGUUUGGUACUAAUGUAAAGCUUGGUGUUAUUGAGGAUCAUUCCAAUCGUACACGACUGGCUAAACUUCUUCGCUUCCAGUCUUCUCAUCAUGAAAGUAACCUCACAAGCCUUGACCAGUAUGUGGAAAGAAUGAAAGAGAAACAAGACAAAAUUUAUUUCAUGGCAGGUGCCAGCAGAAAGGAGGCUGAAUCCUCGCCAUUUGUUGAACGUCUUCUGAAAAAGGGCUAUGAAGUGAUCUAUCUGACUGAACCUGUAGAUGAGUACUGUAUUCAGGCUCUGCCAGAGUUUGAUGGCAAGAGGUUUCAGAAUGUAGCCAAAGAAGGCGUUAAAUUCGAAGAAAGUGAAAAGUCUAAGGAGAGUCGGGAAGCCUUGGAAAAGGAAUUUGAACCACUUCUAAACUGGAUGAAAGACAAAGCUCUGAAAGACAAGAUUGAAAAAGCUGUGCUAUCUCAACGUUUAACCCAGUCUCCAUGUGCUCUUGUGGCUAGUCAGUAUGGAUGGUCUGGAAACAUGGAAAGAAUCAUGAAGGCUCAAGCUUACCAAACCGGGAAGGACAUAUCUACCAAUUACUAUGCUAGCCAAAAGAAGACGUUUGAAAUUAACCCCAGGCAUCCACUUAUCAAGGACAUGCUGAGGCGAGUCAAGGUAAAAAACAAUAGUGAAAUACUGACUGCUUGGCUGCAUAAAACCUAGUUAACAGUUCUGAUUGUUCCUUUGGGUGUUUUUUCUUAAUAUUCUUCCACAUUAGGAAAAUGAAGAUGACAAAACAGUUUCAGACCUUGCAGUCGUCUUGUUUGAAACUGCCACUUUGAGAUCGGGAUAUAUGUUACCAGACACUAAGGAAUAUGGAGACAGAAUAGAAAGGAUGCUUCGUUUAAGUUUAAAUAUUGACCUGGAUGCAAAGGUGGAGGAGGAACCUGAAGAGCCUGAAGAUGCAGCUGAGGAGGCAGAACAAGAUGAAGAGGAGGUGGAUGCUGAUGCUGAAGACAGUGAAACACAGAAGGAAUCCACAGAUGUGAAAGAUGAACUGUAAACUGCACUCAAUUACCAUCCUGGAUUGGGGGGUUAGGAGGGAAUGUGAAUUAGAUGGUAUUGAGUUUUUCCACUGUAAAAUCUUGAGGGAUGGUAUGGGGUUUAAGGGUAAAGGAGAAUUUUUUUUUUAAGUUCACUUUUCUAAAAACAUUCCUCAUGAAUGUAAAUUUGUAUUAUUUAACUGACUUGGUGUAAAAUCUUGUCAUGUACAAAAUAAAAUGUUCCCAAACAC